AGUGUAAUAGAGAGACGCCACUGUCCUGACAGCUUUCUCCCCGUUUCCAGCUCGUUUGCUCCCAAUGCAGUUUGGAAAAAAGCCCAGGAUUUGGGAAAAAAUGCAAUAGUAAGGCGGGGAUGGGCGGAGACGGACAGUGACCUUAUAGCCUCCACCCUGGCACCAAUAAGCUCUAACCAGCCUUGUCGUCCAUGGACAGGUUUGGCAGUUGGCAGCAUAGUUGUAUGGUUUUACUUCCACUAUGAACAAGGACAAGCAGCGCAAGCAGGUGCUGGACUGCACCCUACCUCUGUCCCCCUCAAAAAAAAGCCAGAAACUGCCCAGGAUGCCCAAGUGCGCCCGCUGUAGGAACCACGGCUAUGUUUCCCCUCUGAAGGGGCACAAGCGCUUCUGCAACUGGAGGGACUGCCAGUGCUCCAAAUGUAAACUGAUAGCCGAGAGACAGAGAGUCAUGGCGGCUCAGGUCGCCUUGAGGAGACAGCAGGCCCAGGAGGAGGAGCUUGGGCUCUGUAGUCCAGUGGCUCUGUCGAGCCCUGAGGUGAUGGUGAAAAAUGAAGCUGGUGCAGACUGCCUCUUCUCUGUGGAGGGACGAAACCCGACGCCUACCGGCACCUCGACUUCUUCUCCUGCUGCUGCAGGGAGUCGCUCGGCGUCAUCCUUCAGCCCAUCAGCCGGAGCAAGGCCUCACACUGAGGAAACGUCUGACCUACUGCUGGAAACCUCCUAUUACAAUGUCUACCAGCCUUCACGCUACCCCACCUACUACAGCAACCUCUACAACUAUCAGCAGUACCAGCAGAUGCCCCAUGGUGAUGGACGCCUGUCUAGCCACAACAUGUCUUCUCAGUACCGCAUGCAUUCCUACUACCCAGCCACCUACCUGCCUCAAGGCCUGGGCUCCACCACCUGUGUGCCACCCAUCUUCAGCCUGGAGGACAACAGCAGCAGCAGCAACAACAACAACUGCUCUGAGGCCAUAGCAGCCUCCUUCUCACCCGGCAGCAUCACCACCGGUCACAACUCCACCAUGACCCGCUGGUCCAUCAACUCGCUGGUUAGCUCUGAUGUCAAGGCUGAGUGCGAGGGCGGCAGCGAGACAGUCAACUUCACCGUUGACUCCAUUAUCGACGGUGACACCACCAAGUAAAGGAGCCUAAGGAUAACAUUUUACAAUAAAAGCGUUAUGAGAUCAUUUUAGCAAAAAAAUGUGAUGUUCUUGUGAUAGUUUCAUAUUCCAUUCAGUGGUUUCAGGUUCCUCGAUGUUUCUGUUCAGGAGCCAUAACAACGUGAGAACAUGGUUUGUUUGCAUAGUUUUAGUUCCUUCUUAGCCUCGUGGCUGUUCACCAGCAUGUCACGUUUAAAAAGUUUUAAAAAGUCACAGUUUCACAAAUAUUAGAGGGGCACUCUUCAGAAUCAAACUGUUUGGAUAAACCCUUCAUGAAGACAAUUUCAAAGCUGAUUUUUGAUUAUGAGUCGGAAUUGGAUGAAAUUAUUCAAACCUGUGACUAUUUGUGAUGUACUUCCUCUUUUAUAACUUAAAUGUUAAUGCAAAGUUACAUGUUUUAUCCUAAUGAUGAACUGAUGCAGAAUAGUGAUAUUAAAAUCCUUUGUAGCUCAC